GUGUCCGGACGGCCCUCGCCCGAGCACCAUGCGGCCCUGUCAGCUGCCCUGCAAGAAAGACUGCAUCGUGACCCCGUACAGCAACUGGACAGACUGUCCAGUCACCUGUGAUGCAGCCGGCAACGCCGUGAAGAAAAAGCAAUCGAGGAAACGUCUUAUCAUCCAGACGCCUUCCAACGGGGGGCAGGAGUGUCCAGAGGUGCUCGAGGAGGAGAAGGACUGCGAAGUCCCCAAAGCCUGUCCGGGAUUCAGAUGGAAGACCCACAAAUGGAGGAAGUGCCAGCUGGUCCCCUGGUCUCUCAGACGGGAAUCUCCUGGAGCUCAAGAAACCUGUGGACCAGGAAUUCAAACCAGAGCCGUGUCCUGUCGCCAGCUGGACGGGACGCAGGCCGACAUCGGCGAGUGCCUGAAAUUCGCCAAAGCCAUGCCGGCCGUCACUCAGCGCUGUCAGCUGCCCUGCCAGGACGACUGCCAGCUGACCGGCUGGUCCAAAAGCAAGAAGAAAGACAAGUGCAAGAACACGCAGAUGUACCCCCUGAGCGAGACGCAGUACUGCCCCUGCGACAAGUACAACGCCCAGCCGGUGGGGAAGUGGUCGGACUGCGUCCUGCCGGAGGAGGGCCGGGCGGAGGGCUCCACGGGGAUGAGGGUCAAGGGGGACGUGAAGGAGUGCGGUCAGGGCUACCGCUACCAGGCCAUGGCCUGCUACGACCAGGACAACCGGCUGGUGGAGACCUCCCGCUGCAACAGCCACGGGUACAUUGAGGAGGCGUGCAUCAUCCCCUGUCCGUCAGACUGUAAACUCAGCGAGUGGUCAAACUGGUCGCGCUGCAGCAAGUCCUGCGGGAGCGGGGUCAAAGUUCGCUCCAAGUGGCUUCGGGAGAAACCGUACAACGGGGGCCGGCCGUGUCCUAAGCUGGACCACAUCAACCAGGUGUAUGAGGUGGUCCCCUGUCAGAGUGACUGUAAUCAGUACGUGUGGGUCGCUGAGCCCUGGAGCGUCUGGAAAGUGAGCAACGUGGACCUGAAGGAGAACUGCGGGGAAGGGGUCCAGACCAGAAAAGUCAGGUGCAUGCUCAACACGGUAGAUGGGCCCUCCGAGUCUGUGGAGGACUACUUAUGUGACCCGGAGGAGAUGCCUCUGGGGGCCAGGGAGAGCCGGCUGCCCUGCCCCGAAGACUGUGUGCUCAACGACUGGGGCCCCUGGAGCCGCUGCAGCCUGGCUCCAGCUCGGUCUCUGUUGCAGCCCUGCAGCAGAAGCAACAGUCGGGUGCGGACGGCCUACCCGCUCCGCUCCCCCAGCGUGGGGCGAGAGUGUCCGGAGACGACCGACAAAGAGCCCUGCAGUCUGAAUCUCAACUGCUUCAACUACUUCUACAACAUCACAGACUGGAGCACUUGUCAGCUGAGCCCUAACGCCGUGUGCGGGAGCGGCAUCAAGACCCGGAUGCUCGACUGCGUGCGCAGCGACGGCAAAUCUGUCGACAUCAAGUUCUGCGAGGAGCUGAGUCUGGAGAAGAAGUGGCAGAUGAACGUCUCCUGCGUGGUGGAGUGCCCCGUCAACUGUCAGCUGUCGGAGUGGUCAUCCUGGUCGGAGUGCUCCCAGACCUGCGGACUGGAGGGUAAGAUGCGGCGGGAGCGGGCGGUGGUCCAGGCCUCACAGGGCGACGGCCGGCCGUGCCCGUCCCAGAUCGAGCAGUGGAAGCCCUGCCCCGUCCGGCCCUGCUACCGCUGGCAGUACGGCUCCUGGUCCGAAUGCCGGGUGGAGAACGUGGUGUGCGGACACGGCACGCGCUACAGGAACCUGUCCUGCUUCGUGUCGGACGGCUCCAGCGGCGGCGAGGGCAGCCUGGUGGACGAGGAGCUGUGCAGCAGCAUGGAGCAGGUGGUCAGCGGAGAGACGCAGAUCCGGCUGAGCGAGAGCUGCGUCCUUCCGUGCCCAGGCGAGUGCUACCUGAUGGAGUGGUCUGAGUGGAGUGCGUGCGUGAGCAUCUGCGUGCGGGGAGCCGGCGUGGACUUCGGCUCGGUCCGGGUCCGCUCGCGGGCCGUCUUGGCCCAGGAGCCCGAGAACCUGCUGCAGUGUCCGGACCAGCUGUGGGAGUCCCAGCCCUGCACAGGGGGCGAGUGUUACGAGUACAAGUGGUUCACCAGCAGUCGUCAGAACUCCGACCGCCCGCUUUUAUGGUGUCAGCGCUCUGAUGGACUCAACGUCACCGGUGGCUGUCCCGCCAUGAACCCCCCGGUGGACAACAGCUCCUGUGAUCCUCCCUGCCUCAUGCCCAAGUCCUUCUGCAGCGAGGCGGGCGUCUGCGUGUGCGAGGAGGGCUUCACGGAGGUGCUGUCCCCCGUGGGGCAGCUGGAGCAGUGCGCCCCCAUCCCCGUCCUGGAGAUCCCCACCGCCGAGGACAAGAAGGGCGACGUGAAGACCAGCCGCGCCAUCAACCCCACGCUGCCCAGCACCACCCAGCCCGGCCGCUCCGGACGCACCUGGUACCUGCAGCCCUACGGACCAGGUGAGAACUCUUCCCCCAAACAGCGCCUG